ACUGCCUGGGCUCCCCGAGGAGCUGAGCUUCCACGGGUCAGCCAGCAGAGCCCGGGGAGGAGAAGAGGGGCACGGACUCUAGCCGGUGCUCGAGGGACAGCCGGGUGGCAGCGUCCUCCCCUCCUCCCGCGUGGUAACGCUCGGGCUGCCCACAUGGUCCUGAAGGCUGUAUCCCUCCCUGCGACACCCAUAUUCCCACAACAAAGAAACUCGCCUUCCCAGGGCCGCCUCCCCGCGGCGCACCCGGGAGGCGCCCAGGGCUUGGAGCGUCCUCCCCUCUCCAUCAGCCCCCCAAGCCCAGCACGGGAGCUGUCCCUGGAGAGAACAUUGAAGCCACUUUCUGAGUGAUUUGAAGAGAGUGACUAAAUGCACCUGGGUCAGGCUGUCUGCGGGUAUGAAGUGGUUGGGAGAGUCCAAGAACAUGGUGGUGAAUGGCAGGAGAAAUGGAGGCAAGUUGUCUAAUGACCAUCAGCAGACGCAAUCAAAAUUACAGCACACGGGCAAGGACACCCUGAAGACUGGCAAAAGCACUGUGGAGAGGAGGUCAAGCAGAUGUAAUGGUAACUCAGGAUUUGAAGGACAGAGUCGCUAUGUACCAUCUUCUGGAAUGUCUGCCAAGGAACUCUGUGAGAAUGAUGACUUAGCAACUAGUUUGGUUCUUGAUCCCUAUUUAGGUUUUCAGACACACAAAAUGAAUACUAGCGCCUUUCCUUCGAGGAGCUCAAGGCAUUUUUCAAAAUCUGACAGUUUUUCUCACAACAACCCUGUAAGAUUUCGGCCUAUUAAGGGAAGGCAAGAAGAACUAAAGGAAGUAAUUGAACGUUUUAAGAAAGAUGAGCACUUGGAGAAAGCCUUCAAAUGUUUGACUUCAGGGGAAUGGGCAAGACACUAUUUUCUCAAUAAGAACAAAAUGCAGGAGAAAUUAUUCAAGGAACAUGUAUUUAUUUACUUGCGGAUGUUUGCGACUGACAGUGGAUUUGAAAUAUUGCCUUGUAAUAGAUACUCUUCAGAACAAAAUGGAGCCAAAAUAGUUGCAACAAAAGAGUGGAAACGAAAUGACAAAAUAGAAUUACUGGUGGGUUGUAUUGCCGAACUUUCAGAAAUUGAGGAGAACAUGCUGCUUAGACAUGGAGAAAACGACUUCAGUGUCAUGUAUUCCACGAGGAAGAACUGUGCUCAGCUCUGGCUCGGUCCUGCUGCAUUCAUAAACCAUGAUUGCAGACCUAACUGUAAGUUUGUGUCAACUGGUCGAGACACGGCAUGUGUGAAGGCAUUAAGAGAUAUUGAGCCAGGAGAAGAAAUUUCUUGUUAUUAUGGAGAUGGGUUUUUUGGAGAAAAUAAUGAGUUCUGCGAGUGUUACACCUGUGAAAGACGGGGAACUGGUGCUUUUAAAUCCAGAGUAGGACUGCCUGCGCCUGCUCCUGUUAUCAAUAGCAAAUAUGGACUCAGAGAAACAGAUAAACGCUUAAAUAGGCUUAAAAAGUUAGGUGACAGCAGCAAAAAUUCAGACAGUCAGUCUGUCAGCUCUAACACUGAUGCAGACACCACUCAGGAAAAAAACAAUGCAACAUCUAACCGGAAAUCUUCAGUUGGUGUAAAAAAGAAUAGCAAGAGCAGAACAUUGACAAGGCAAUCCAUGUCAAGAAUCCCCACCUCUUCCAACUCUACCUCACCUAAGCUAGCUCACAUGAACAAUUCCAGGGUACCAAAGAAACUGAGAAAGCCGGCCAAGCCUUUACUUUCAAAGAUCAAACUGAGGAAUCACUGCCGGCGUCUGGAGCAGAAGCAUUCAUCAAGGAAACUGGAAAUGGGAAACUUAGUGUUGAAGGAGCCCAAAGUUGUCCUGUAUAAAAACUUGCCUCUUAAGAAAGAGAAGGAGCAGGAGGGGCCAGCCCAAGCCUCAGUGGCGAGCGGGUGCUUGACGAGACAUGCGGCCAGAGAACACAGGCAGAACCCUGGGAGAGGUGCUCACACACAGGGUGAGGGAGAAGGCUCAAGCUCGCCCUGCACCUACACAACCCGGCGCUCCAUGAGGACAAGGACGGGUCUGAGGGAGCCCGCUGACAUCAAGCUGGAACCAAAUCCACUGGAGGGCUAUAAAAACGGUGUUUUGGAACCUUGCCCAGACAGUGGUGAGCAGCCGGCUUCUAAGAUGCUGGACGAGCCGGUUCCUGAGACCACACUCAAAGAGGAAGCGAAGUGUUCUAAGAUUGACCCUGGCAUGUCCAGAAAGAAGGCACGACAAGGAAAACCCAUGAAACCAUUAUCAAAGAUGGAGGACCCCAGUCCAGUGCAUGACUCCACUGGGAAAGACAGUGUGGAGCCAGAUUUGCCAGGGCUCCAUCCUGACCAGGGUGAGCCCAGCAGCAUGGCUGGGGUGCCUGUGAGCUAUGCAGACGGUGCUCCUUCACCUGUCGCCUGCUCUGUUAUUACGUCAGAUGGGUUCAAAACGAGAGACAACUUUAGAACUGCAAAGAGUAAAAAGAAGCGGCGGAUCACAAGGUACGACGCGCAGCUCAUCCUAGAAAACAGCUCUGGGAUUCCCAAAUUGACACUGCGUAGGCGCCAUGACAGCAGUAGCAAGACAAACGACCAAGAGAAUGAUGGUGUGAACUCUUCCAAAAUAAGCAUCAAAUUAAGUAAAGACCAUGAAAAUGAUAAUAAUCUCUAUGUAGCCAAGCUCAAUAACGGAUUUAACUCAGGAUCUGGGAGUAGCUCCACAAAAUUAAAAAUCCAACUCAAACGGGACGAGGAAAGCAGGGGAUCAUAUGCAGAGGGGCUGCAUGAGAAUGGGGUGUGCUGUAGUGAUCCCCUCUCCCUCCUGGAGUCUCAGAUGGAAGUGGAUGACUAUCGUCAGUAUGAGGAGGAAAGUACAGACAGCUCCUCCUCUUCAGAGGGGGCGGAGGAGGAGGACUAUGACGAAGACUUUGAAGAUGACUUCAUUCCUCUUCCUCCAGCCAAGCGCCUGAGGCUAAUAGUUGGCAAAGACUCCAUAGAUAUUGACAUUUCUUCAAGGAGAAGAGAAGAUCAGUCUUUAAGGCUUAAUGCAUAAGCUCUUGGUCUCAGUGUGACCUGGGAUAACUACUUUACAGAAAUAAAAAUUCCAGUCAAUUAUUCCUCAACUGAACCUUUUUAGUGGCAGCACUUGUACCGGCUCUUAUCUUCAGCAUAAUACUGUAGAAAGUGUACAGUGGACUGACUCUUCUUAAGUCUGAUUUGUGCAGAUUUUUAUCGUACUUUUUAAAUAGCCUUCUUAUGUGCAAUUCUGAGUUAGAGGCAAAGCCCUGUUGUAAAAUAAAUGCUCCAGCAAAACUGUACAGGGAUAGCAACUUUCACACAGGACGUUGAAACAAUAAUGUGGCUACACAAUUUUUUUUUAACUUUGAGAGCAUCAGCUGCUCUUUAAUAGAUGACUAAACAAUAAUUUAAACAGAAUCAUAGUAGCAGCAUAUUAAGGGUUUUUGAGUAUAUGCUAAUAUCACCAGCAAUGACCUUUGGCUUUUUGGCUUAUCUGCUAGAUGUCUCCCCUUGGAGUUUUGUCGGGUCUCACACUGUUGCUGGCCCAGGUGUGCUGUCCGUGGCCUUUGUUAGCAUAGCAAACCAUUGGUUGGGAGUCAGAUUGGUUUCCUUUAAAAAAAAAAAAAUGCAAUUACAUGCGUGACAGCUCACUUUUCACUUUUCAGUACAUUAUAUGUACGAUGUUGGCAGUGUGCAAGAUGAGUUUGAAAGGAGCGUAUUUAUUGCUUGUCAUGUAAAUUACAGACCUUGUAUUUAACACUUUUCAAUCCUUUUAGAUAAAAUUGUUCUUUGCAAGAAUGAUUGGUGCUUAUUUUUUCAAAACUUUGCUGUGGACAGUGUGAUGACAACAGGCAGCAUUCAUCUGAUGAACUUCAGCUAUCGUGACACGGCUCCUCGAGGGUUCUGUUGCACUUGUAAGAUGCUACAAGGAAUAUUAAAAAAUUAUUCACUUAACUUAUAAUAGUUUAUGAAAUAAAAACAUGAGUCACAGCUUUUGUUCUGUGGUGACCUAUAAAAAUGUCUGUCUUUGAAAUUUAAUGUAAAGAGCUGAAAACAAUGUAUAUGUUGUAAAUACUUGUGUGUUGUGAGAAAUUUUGUCAUAAGAAAUUAAAAGAACUUACCAGGAA